GUCGAAUACUAAUUAAAAAAAUAGUGAAAUUAAAUAACAAAACCCUGGCUCACCUUUCAUCAACGGUCUACUGUCUUAACUCUCAAUUCCUUCUUUGUUUCUCUCUCAUCUCUCUCUCUCUCUCUAAAAGCUGUUCUAUAAUCAUUCUGUAAUUUGGGGAUUUUUUCAGCACACUGUGAUUCUGUGAACAAUGGAGGUGGCGGUGAUUGAUUGGAAAAACAUAGAUUCGAGAUUCGUGAAGGACGAGUUGUACGAGCACAUCAACGCCCCUAAAUGGGUUGAUUUCUCCGCCGCCGAUGAGCCCGCCGUCGACGAUGAGGCCUGGUUCUGCCGUCCCGGUUGUAAUCACCCCAAAACCGUUGAUGAUUUCUUUAAUGCGAAACAGAGGACGCCGAUUUCGAAUUCAAAGCUUCAAAGAUCUGCUAGCGUAUCCGAUAUUCCUCCGUUCGGCGAUAAAAACAAGAGAGAUGCAACACUGAAGAAGAGGGGAACGAAUCAAACCUCUGCAUUAUCAAACACCGACGUGAAAUACCACAGAAUAAUCGAAGAUGGCGAAAAUCGGGACCCCAAUUUCUCGACCCCUCCAAAUCCCAAAUCUAAAUUCGGAAAAGAGGCAUUCAAAUCAAGCACCGAGAACAAGAAGAAGCAAAUUUACGAAACGAGUAAUGAUGAGAGGAAUAUUCCGAAGCUGAGAAGUACUUUAUCUGCACGUAAUUUGUUCUCGGGCGGAGACUUACUCAAUAAGGUUGCUGAGUUUUGCAACGAGUUAAAGAAGUUUGCUACUAAUAAGGCAAGAGAUAAGGAGAAUUUGUCAGACAAUUUUCCAAAUGUGGAUGAAAAUGAAAAUUUACGAGUUUUAAAAGACAAAGAAAAGGAGAAGAAGCCAUUGUUGGAGCUGAGUAAAGAGAAGAGUGAAGUAAAGGGCAAGCUGAGGAGGAAAAUAAGAGAUGACGAUAAUGCAGAGAACACGCCGAUUUCUGUUAACGUGAAGAAUAUUAUCAAGAACUGUGAAAAUGGGAGCUUGUCGCAAAUUCGAACAUCUCCACCAACUCCACAGUGCUUCUCAGCCAAUCGCGGGCCCCCUCUUAAAGCUACAUCGACGACACCUAAUAAGCCUCUCAAACCGAGACCAUCUCCUCUGAAUCAGGAGAGAGGAAUUCUGCAGGAAGUGAAAGCGACGAACAAGGAUGCCGUUAUGAAGGUUGAGCGAGAGAACAAGACUAACAACAAUGGAGGAGUUGUCGCGGAAAAAGAAGCAAGAUCUUUGGAUGUUUUCUGGUUCCUAAAACCGUGCACUCUUUCAACUUAAAUCGAAUUAUGAUAUACACACAUCUAAAAGCCUUCGGAUGAAUCUGCAUAUAAAGGUGCCAUUCUUUCAUUCUUUUUUUCAUUCAAUAAUAAUCGUGUUUAAUUUUCGUCUAUUCUUUGAUCCAUUGUAAUUGAGGAUACAAAUAAAAUGCUGUAUUGAGCAAAUGAAAUUAAUGGUAUCCGUU